AUGACGGAGUUGGUGACCCGUGGGAAUUUGACUACGGUGACUGAGUUCCUCUUCUCUGGGUUCCCACAUCUGCCUGAAGGUGGCGUCCUCUUCUUCGUUCUUCUGCUUCUCACCUACGGAUUUAUCGUAACUGGGAACCUAAUGAUAUUCAUCGUCGUCCGGCUGGACAGGGCCCUGCACACCCCCAUGUAUUUCUUCAUCAGCGUCCUCUCUUUCCUGGAGGUCUGGUACACCACGACCACCAUCCCCAAGAUGCUCUCCAGCCUGAUCAGUGAGCACAAGACCAUCUCUGUGGCUGGCUGCCUCCUACAGAUGUAUUUCUUAGACUCCCUGGGCAUCACAGAAGGCUGCGUCCUGACGGCCAUGGCCACUGACAGGUACAUCGCCAUCUGCAGGCCUCUCCGGUACGCGACCAUCAUGACUCCCAGGCUGUGCACCCAGCUGGUCGCUGGGUCCUGCGUCUGUGGCUUCCUCCUUGUGCUUCCCGAGAUCGUGUGGAUUGCCACCCUGCCUUUCUGUGGCUACCAGAUCCGGCAGAUAUUCUGCGACUUUACACCUGUGCUGAGCUUGGCCUGCACGGACACGUCCCCGGCGGUCAUUGUGGACGCCAUCCAUGCAGGGGAGAUUGUGGCCUCCUUCCUGGCCAUCGCCCUAUCCUACAUCCGGAUCGUCAUGGUGAUUCUGGGGAUGCCCUUGGCCGAGGGCCGCCGCAAGGCCUUUUCUACCUGCGCCGCCCACCUGGCUGUGUUCUUGCUGUUUUUCGGCAGUGUCGCUGUCAUGUACCCGCGAUUCUCAGCCACCUACUCCGUAUUUUGGGACACAGCAAUUGCUAUCACUUUUGUCAUCCUUGCCCCCUUCCUGAACCCCAUUAUCUACAGCCUCAGAAACAAGGACAUGAAAGAUGCUCUUGGAAGGCUUUUCUGCCGUCGGAGGAGGGCUAGUGGGGUCGGGGAUAGAUCUAGAGGCUGAUAGAUAGAUCUUGACUUGUUCGUGAGUGUGCUCUGUUUCUAUUGGCACAACUACUCACUCUGUUAUUACAAACAAGAACAGAAAACUGCUGUG